AUGUCGACCGCCGGCCUCCAGUCGUCAUGGACCAAGGCCGCUCGCAGUUGGACCUCGAAAAUGGAGGAGGCCCAGCCUCUCCUCGCGGAGAUGAAGGAGAAACUUCUCGGCCCGGACCACAACGGCCGCGCCGAUGCCGAAAACUUCUUCUACGACCUCGACGCUGCGGCUACCAAGUACAAAGCCAAACAUUUGAGCGUCGAGGCCCGAUGGAUGACGCACAUCGCCAACGUUGCCGAUGAUGUUGCCCGUGCCGUCUAUGAGGGCUACAAAGCCGUCUAUGAGAAGCUCACCCGCAUCAAGAGCCCUGGUGAAUCCCCCGCCGAUGCUCUCCGGCCUCUCGACCACCUCACCGGCCUCAUCCAGCAAGGUCGCCAUUUGGACCUCGACCCGAACAAUUUGGCGAUCCACAUGGCCGUUGAGGCGUCUAUGCCCCGGUGGAUGGACAACCUUCUGACGAGCGCUCGUCUGUCUGCCCCCGAAUGGGACACGACGACGCAAGCAAACUGGCCGCUCUCGCGGUCGCUCGGGCCCCUGCGCCUCAGGCUGCGCUCCGAUUCCGGGCAGCAUCCCGCGACGCCCAAGGCUCGCCGCCCCAAGGAGCCGCCCCUCUGCUUCCUCUGCCAGAAAAGUGCUCAUUGGGCCGCCGAGUGUCCCGAUAACCCUACCCUCGAGGCUCGCCGUCUUCUGUGUCUCCAACAAGGCCUUCGCAAAGGCCACGACACCGCGACCUCCCGAAGUGCGGUGUUCCCCUGCCGCAACUGCCGCGAUCACGACCAUCACGCGCUGUUUUGUCCCAAGCCACGACGCCCUCCGGAUGCGUCCACCGCCUCCGUCGCAGUGACCGAAGAGAUCACCGUCCGGACCACCCCGGACACCACCGCUUCCGCCCAACAAUCGUCGGGUUCGAGUCGGCCCCAUCUCAUGGUCGCCCCCGUCCGCGUCCGCCACCCUACAUCGGGUCAGGAGGCGCAGACUUGGGCCCUGCUGGAUAGCGGGUCCAACCGAUCCUACGCUUCGACGGAACUGCAAGAAGCUCUCGGCCUCCAGAGCCUCGGUCAAGAGUCCCUCACCGUCAAUGUCUUCGGCGGGGGCAAGGUCGAGCGCGUAUUCUGCCGAGCCGAAAUGGAACUGCUCCUCGACGAUGGGACCCUGAAGGUCGAAACUUACUGCGCCGGGGCCCAACUCGUAGGCGCCCCCCUCUCCACCCAACUUCUCGACGAUCGCCGUCCGAUUCGGAAGGCGAAGAUUGUCUCAAAGACCGUGCUCCCCAGUCUUCUCCUGGGCGCCCCGGCCUUCUGGCGCAUCGUCCGUGGCCGCUCCGAUUCACGCCACCACCCUGAGCAUUGGAUCAUCGAUACCGGCUCCGACGAUGAACUCGCGUGGGAGGCCUUUCGGCGCACCGUCGCCUUCGACGGUCAGCGCUACGUCGUCUCCUUGCCGCGGAAGCUGCCACUCCACCCUCUCCAGUCCUACCUUGGCCUGGCGGUUACUCGGUUGUGCAGCCUCCUGAACAAGCCCGAUCCUCAGAAACGACGGGCGAUCCGUGAAGCCGUCCGGAGCCAGAUCGACACCUGGCUGGACGAAGGCAAGAUCGAGGUUGUACCAGCCGACGAGGUCGAGACCCCGAAAUACGGUGAAGCAGUCUACCACCCACCUCGACCGAUUUCCGGGGCCAGGCCCUGGGCUCCCCCCUCCUACGGGCCUGUCCACAACGCCAGCGCCUCCGCUCGCGGCCACGGUUCCCUGAAUGACGCUCUCUACCGCGGUCCAGUCAUCUUGCCCGAACUCCUCGGCAUGUGGCUACGCUUCCGGAGCUACUCCUACGUCGCUAUCGGCGACAUCCGCGCCGCCUUCCUCCAGCUGGCCCUUCAUCUGGCGGACCGCGAUCUACUCCGAUUCCUCGCUCCGAAAGAUUGGAAUCGCCCGUGUGGCUGGGACAAUCUGGUCCACUACCGCUUCCUCCGGGUCAACUUCGGCCUCGUCUGCGCCGCCUUCUUGCUCGCCGCGUGCCACUGGAUUCACUUCCAAGCCGGGGAACACCCAUUCGACCACGCCGCCUUGUCCAACAGCUACGUUGACAAUUUCAUGGCGGUCGACGACACCCUCCCAGGCGCCAUUGCCCGCAUCGAGCAUUACCGCUUCAGCCUCUCCCGUGCCUGCAUGGAGCUCCGGGACAUCGUCUCCAGCGAUGCGGACACCAAUCGUCGCCUCUACCCGAGGGCAAACGCCGACCAAUGUAUGCUCGGCACGAAAUGGAACACCACCGAGGACGUCAUUAUCCUCGUCUUCCACCCGAUUCUCCCGGAUGCCUCCGCUACAAAGCGGUCCGUGGCAUCGACAAUUGCUCGCCAUUUCGAUCCGUCAGGGCUCCUCAGCCCGGCGCUCGUCGCCUUCAUGGAAAUCAUCCGCCUGUUGGGGGAGCUGCACCUUGGUUGGGAUGAUCCCCUCCCUCCGGCCGUCCAACAGCUUCUCGCCGCUUCGAACCGCUCUCACGGUGUCGAAUGCACCGAUCCGGUCGAAUUCCGAUUGCCUCGCACGGUCCUGCCUCGCCCGCUUCCGGAUGCCGACGUCGUCCUGCACGUCUUCGUCGACGCCUCCAAAGUGGCCCUGGGGGUCUGCUGCUACCUGACGCUCCGCCACUGUGCCCACGAGCCCCGUCUUCUCAUGGCCAAAUCCCGUCUGGCACCACCGAAUGCCACGAUCCCUCGGCUCGAGUUGUCCGCCUGCAGCCUCGGCACGCGCGUUGCCCGUAACGUCGUGAAGGAGGGCCGCCCUAUUUCGGAAUGCCGAAUCUGGACCGACUCCUCCGCUGUCCUCGGCUGGCUAGCCGGCAGUCUCGAAGGCCGUCCUAGCUUCGUCUCGGCCCGCAUCGACGAGAUCUGGCAGUUCCGGUCGACUUUCGGCCACAUCAGCACUGAACAGAACCCAGCAGACCUGGCUUCUCGGGGUCUCCACGCUAGCCUCCUCCGCGACAAUUCCCUCUGGUGGCACGACCCCGGCUGGCUCGCUACCUCCGAAAGCGACUGGCCGACUCCGCGCUUCCCCUACGUGGAGAUCAACCCGGACGCUCAUCCGCCCAAGAAACCACAGCCGGCCCCGCAGCUCAAACCGUGGGAGAUCGUCGGCAAACAAGACGAGGGAUACGCCGCACACGCCGUCCCAUGCACCUCCUCAGCGGAGGCGCCCCCGGAUCAGACAAUGGACGUUACCCGGUUCUCGUCGUUGAAUCGCCUCCUCGACGCGACAAUUCGCUUCCUCCUCGUGCUUGUCUGUGGCUCAGUACCGCCUCGAUCCGCUGCCGUGGCCAGUUUUCGCGACAAGUACUGGCUGCUCCCGAGGGCCUGCCGAUGCGCCGCU